CCUCCAGCGAGCAGUGACACCAGAUGAAGACGAGGAAGCAUCGAGACAAGCUAAAAUCUCCUUCGAGACGUCGUCUUCCAUCAACCAGCUCACCUCCAUCUUCCCCAUCCUCCAGGCCGAAAACGAAGCGCUCUCGUCGGGCAAAGUCAGCAGCUUCCGUCGGUGUUCCGUCCAAGCUUUUACGGUGCUUCUUUUUUAGGUGUACUGUAUAUCAGCUGGCCUGCACACGUCAAAAGAUAUAUGCGUUGUCGUCGUCACAGAUGAGGGGUGUGAUGGGAGAGUGCGUUGGAGGUCAAAGGUUAAGGUGGUGAAGAAGCACUACAGCAAGCCAUGGGCUGCGGCGGUAGCAGGACGGACGCCCUGGAGCCACGCUACCUGGAGAGCUGGACCAAGGAAACCGAGUCCACGUGGCUGACCGGCACAGACACCGACAUCCCGCUCUCGUCCAUCAACAGCAUCCCGUCCGACAGCUCCGAGGCCUGCUUCGUCUCCGAGAAAAACUGCAGUCCCGUCCCCGAUUUCUUCGAAGAUGGCCUACCGACUCCCGCUCAAGCGUACCUCAAAGCCUGCUCGGAAGCCAGCCUCUCUGACGUCAAACCCGACAGUGCUAUCGGCCAGCUUGACGCGCCGUCCCCUCCGACGCAGGAGGGGGCGCCGUUGUCUUCGGCCACCACCGUCCAACGCACGAGUGUCCUUCAUACUGAAGAGAUCACAAAAUGGCAGGACAACCGCAUGUCCACCAAACAGGUGACCAUCACAGUGACGCAGAGCAUCCACCAGAUGGACAAGAAUGGCAAAGUGAAGAAGUCGCUGACCACCUACGAGGUGAUGAAACCCGCAGAGGCCGUCAAACAAGGCGCGGCGCACGGGUAGAUGCUAAAUGUGCACAUCGCUUUAAAUAUGUCGUAUUUUUUCAUUGUGUUUUGCUGUCUUUUGCACAUUAUUAUGGUCAAGAAUACGAGGAAAAUUAGGAAUCAAGUCGUGAAAAAUUGAAUUUUUUGGGUGGAAAAUCCAAAACAUGAACAACAACAAGACAAAAUUUGGCUUUAGUGUUGCACCAAUACAGUAUUGACCGAUAUGGCACUAAAAUGACGUCAUCGUAUCGGUGAGUACUAAGAAUCAUCCUGCAUGUUUAAAAAAAAAAUGGAGAGAGAAAUUUUUAAAAAUGAAAUCAAUUUAUUUAAUCAACCAAUUAUCUUUUCAAUACAGGUAGUCCCUGGGUUACGAACGAGUUCCAUUCCUACGCUGGCGACUUAACCCAAAUUUCCGCGUAAGUCGGAAUUAACCCUUUAAAAAUUCAAAAUAACUAUCAAAAACGUCCAAAAGUAUUGUAUUUUGUUUAAUGGUGGAUACAAUGCCCUCUGGUGGCAGCGUCGGGUCUGGCUGGACUUUCGGUGGGUCGUUAUAGACACGCCCUCGCAUACAAUCCAUGUUGUUUAUGCUUGUUUUCUCCGGUAAGCUUUCAAAAAAGAACAUGCCGAGUCAACACUGCUGCUAUGGAACUUGUAGAAACGACUCUAGACAUUACAACAUAUAAUGGAUGUUUUCUUCAUACGUUUCCCGAAACCAAAAACUGUGAGGAAAAAAUGUGAACAAUGGAUCAACUUGUGUGAACGUCCAAAAGAUCAGUUUAAAGGUGAAGCCAUUCAUAUUUCAUAUGCAGUAAACAAUUUGUUGGGAGCCAUAGUCCUACAGAGGACGAAGAUGUAAGCCAUUUUGAUAUUUUUACUUAUUUUUGAGCGUGCCGUUUUACCGUGCUGCUUCUGUCUGGCAUUAAUGACCUAAAAAAUGUUUAAAUGGUAUCCUACUGCCACUGUUACCUUUUCUGUUGUAAAAAAAAAAACAACUUUAGUAAGUGGGAAGUGUAAAUAAAUUAUAGAAUUAAGAUUUGUUAUUGAUGACAAAAUUAAAUGUGUUCGUUGGCUGUCACCGAGUAGCAUUUGCGAUCGUUACAAAAAAAUAGCAAUGUAAAUUGCCCCCAAUAACAGUCAGAGACGUAAGACAAUCAGAGGAUAUAAUAUAUAAGAAAGACAGGGCAUAUGGUGGCAAAGGAUAGAUUGUUGAAACAGGAGAAUGUCAUUGUCAGUGGCGUAAGAAAAAGAUGUCGUUAAAAAAAGCUAAGGCUAUGCUUAGGUCGGCUAGGCUCUUUUUCCCGUCUUUUUCAGCUCUCGACACUCAAGCCAUCUCUUUAACUGAACAUCUUUACCAGUGAAUUUGGGACCAGGGAUAUCAUUUUCGGACAGAAUUAAUAGGAUUAGCUCAGUAAACAUCUCGUUCGUACACUAUUUCCAUUCACUUACUAUUCGGGACAAACAGGAGGUUGUCCCGCCUAGCAACAAUUGCUAAUGUCAUGAAUAUCAAUGAGCAAAAGUGACGUGUUGCUUGCAGUACGGCAUUGUAAUACUUUAGCAUUUGUAGCAUUUGAGCUAGCGUACUUUUGUGAGGCUAAUUUAAUCGACUCAGUUUACAUAUUGAUAAAACAAGAUGGACGUUUGAAAACCAAUCGUUUUGUGUCGAGUGUUUUACUGUUAAAAUGUGUGUCGUUUUGAACAGACGUGUACAUAUGUGCGUUACAGCUUUACAAAUCGUCAAGAGUGAAGGAAGUCAAAAGCGUCAAAAAGCACAAGUGCUCUGUUUGCUGUCUGUCAAACUGAACAGCUUCACGUUUAGUUAGGACAAAACAAGUCAUGUUAAUAAAGUGAAGUAAAAAAUAAGAUACUGUGAGGUACAAAUAGGUAGUUUGUGUGACUAAAAAAAAAAAAAAGAAAGGAGACGACUGCAGACAAAAUGGCGGACGAGACUCCAGCGUCGUAAAGGUGAAAUCCCCUAAAUCGUGUACCUUGUAACCCGGGGACUACUUGUAUAUUGUAACACCCUUACUUCAAAGUCUGACGAAUACCAACUUUCCCCCAAAAAUUAAUGAAUAUAUGCCAAUUUUUCACUUUUUUUUUUUUUUUUUUUGCAAAAUACGUAAUUAACAUCGGUAGAUUAUACUUUAACUUUUACAUUACAGCCACUUCAGAGGUAGUAACGCGGUACAUGUACUCCGAUCCAUUCCCUUGAGCAACUUUUAGAGAAAAAUGUACCGGUACUUCUAAGAGUAGUUUUACUAAGCUAUACUUUUGUCUGUUACUUGAGUAGAUUUGUUUAAAAAAAAACGCUACUCCUACUCUACGUCAUUGUUUGGACGCGCCUCCAUGCUGGCAAUAUGAUUCACUUCCGGGUCGGCAGACUCAAUGCGGAUUGUAACGUGUGGUCGUGCUAAGCUAACUCUUUCGGUGUUUUAGAAAGAAAUUAUGGGUGUGUAUUGUUGUGUUACCGGGUGCAACAGCUUCUCCUACGACUAAAAAAAGGGCGAGGAAAACUGGACUCACUUUUCACCGUUUUCCUGCAUGGAGGACCAAAUAUCAGAUCACGAAGGCACGACUGAUGGCUGGAUUGCAGCGGUUCGUCGGAAAAGCAUUUCUUAUGAUCAUAUUUCUGCUGGAAUGAGAGUAUUCCCCUCAUCUCUACUCUUGAAAACCUGCAUAUGAAAUGCUGACAACACAUCCCGAUUGGUCACCAUAUCUCUUCUUGGGUUAUUCUGAGGUCAAGCGCACCACAUCGGAGCGUUAUGAGAGGUUGGAAAGGCGAAGAGUGCACGCUGAAACUUCAGUUUGCUCUGCUCUUACAAACACGAUCCCAAGUGUUGUUGUGAAAAGUCAAUAAAAUAUGAAUACCAAAACAUGACUUGAACAACUUCUUGACAAACUGUAACUGCUUGUUGUUUACUUCAGGUCUUCAUAAUAAACAGGUGUAAUAAUUACAAAGUCAGGUGACUUAAUUUUGUUAUUCUAUUUGGAAUAUGCAUUGACAAUUUUUGGACAGUGUUGUAGACAAGAACUGGGACUGAUAAGUUGCAACAGAUUUAUUUCAAGUAAUGCAAUUUCUCCAAUACGAUAUUUGAAUUGACAGUUUAAAAUCUUUAAAUUAGUGCAAACAAGGCCCACCCUCUGACGGUGGCAGCAAAUAUUAUAUAAUUAUAAGUAAUACACAAAUACAAGAUCACAAUAAACGUGUCUUUGUCAAAGCAGUUUAAAACACUAUUUACUGGCCUUGGGUAAAUUGCCAGACAGGAUAAAUAUGUGCUUUAAAGUUCUUGCAUUUCCAUUUUAAGUAUUGCAAGUACUAGUCUCCAACACAGUAUUUGAACUGACAGUUUAAAAUCCUUUUAGUACAAAAUGGCCCACACUCUGGCAGGGGACAGCAAAUAUUAUAAUACAUAAUACAUUAUAAAAAGCUAUAUACUAUAUAAAUACAAGAUCACAACAAAACCUGUAUUUUUUCAAAGCAGUUAAAAAACAUCCAGUGGCCUUAGGUAAAUAAAGGUGUAAAAAUAUGUACUUUACAGUUCUUGCAUUUCUAUUUUAGGUAUUGCAACUUUUCCAACACUAUUUGAAUUGACAGUCUAAAGUCUCCAUAAGUGCAAAUAAGAAUAUUAUAAUUUAAAAAUAAUAAUAGAAUAUAUAAAUUCAACAAUACAAUGAAACGUGUCUUUGUCAAAGUGGUUUAAAAAAUAAUAAUAAUACGUCACUGGCCAUAGUUAAAUAGCCAGGCAGAAUAAAUAUGUGCAUUACAGUUCUUGCAUUUUCACAAGUUAAAAGCCCGCAGUUCAUCGACGAGAAGGGCAGACCCAGAUGGCGUCUGCAGCAGGGGCUUGUUUGAGUCCGACACAGGACAAAUGGAACCACUCCAUUGAACAAAUUUUCUUUGUCAAAUGAUCCAAGAAGAGAGAUGGUGACAAAUCGGGAUGUGUUGUCAGCAGGUUUACCUAGGAACACAACAGGUAGGUGAGUCGUAGUAGGCGAGCAUUGCUACCGAGGCAGAUUUACACAACGGUGUAAAAAAAGAAAAACGUAUUGAAACCAAAAGUGGAUAAAUCGUUCAACUUACAAGAGUAGAGAUGACAGGAACAC